AUGUCCGGCAUGUACGGCCAAAACCGUGAAGCAGUCCGCGUGAAAGUGAAGAAAUGUGAGAAGAAUGUUCCGUUGGAGACACGGAAGUUUAGUGUCGAUCCUCAGAUCACCAACCUGGAAGUGCUGUACUCACUACUGGCGAAAGCGUUCGAUCUGAAAACCGACUUCGGCAUCAGCUACAAGGUGAUCGAAGCAAACGGGCAAGAGAGCUACCUUGUCGUACUGUCCGACUGGGACCUCGAGGCGGCAUUCCUCCGGGCGCACAACCAAUCGAUCGCGACUAAAAGCGAACCCUGCCUGAAUCUACGCGUCGACAUCAAGCCCUUCUCGGAGGCGUCAGAAUGGGAUGGGAACGGGGCGGCAACCGCGACGAGCAUUCCGCGCGAGCUUGUCUCGCUGCAGCAGUCGCUGGGCGCAGGUCAAAAGUACGUGCAGAACAAACUGCCCGGGCUGAUCAUGAACCAGAUGGAGAAAACGUUUUCAAUGGUCCAACGGGCGUUCAAUCUGGUGGAGGAUCCACUGCUCACGCAACCGAUUCGUCCACCGCUGGCGGAUGCCGAGUUUCGAAAACUGCAGGAUUCAGUCGGUCAAAUAGUGGCCCCGGAGCAGCUGCGCAAAGCGAUCUAUCUGGGCGGCAUCGACCCGAGUCUGCGGCGUGUCGUUUGGAAGCACAUACUGAACGUGUACCCCGACGGCAUGACUGGACGCGAACGGAUGGAGUAUAUGAAAAGGAAAUCCGCGGAAUACUACCGAUUACGCGAUAUCUGGCGUAGUACCAUGCAGCGUGGAAACAUUGUCGGUGAGCUGGCCUACGUAACCAGCAUGGUCCGGAAGGAUGUCCUACGGACGGACCGGUUGCAUCCGUUUUACGCCGGCAAUGACGAUAAUCAAAAUAUUGCCGCCCUCUUCAACGUACUGACGACAUACGCGCUGAAUCACCCGGCCGUCAGCUACUGCCAGGGCAUGUCGGACAUUGCCUCGCCGUUGCUAGUAACGAUGGGUGACGAAGCCCACGCGUACAUCUGCUUUUGCGCAAUCAUGCAGCGCCUUAGUUGCAACUUUAUGCUGGACGGCAUUGCGAUGACGCUCAAGUUUGCUCACCUCUCCGAGGCCCUCCAGUACUAUGAUCCGGACUUUUACGCCUACCUUAAGCACCACCAGGCGGACGAUCUGUUGUUUUGUUAUCGCUGGUUACUGCUCGAAAUGAAGCGGGAGUUUGCGUUCGACGAUGCGCUCCGUAUGCUCGAGGUGCUGUGGAGUUCCCUGACCCCGGUGGCGCCCCGUGGUGAGCUGGCCCUGUACGAAAAAGAAUACGAGCCACCACCAUCGCCACCGGACAACGGGGUUCACACCGCACGGAGCCAAAGCCCUUCGGUGAUGCUGCGGACACCACGAGAGAACCCCUACACUAAAGUUUGUGCCCUGCGCCGCCAAAGCUCUGCGCUUUCACUCAGCUCCUCGUGCAGCUCCACCAAUCCGCUCAACAUUACCGGUACCGGUCGGCAUACUUUCGGACGUGUCGGUACUGAUGGUCGAUCGCUAGAGGCGACACGCCGGCUAAACCUCAGCCUCGAUGAGAACAUUACGCGGGAAAAUGUUUACUCGUCGGCCAGGACAGGCAACGUGCAGAAAGUGCACCAAAGCUUGGAUGAGGCCAAGAUUGCGCUAGUGAAGCAGCGCAAAAUUAUGCGCAGUGUCGGCGAUGAUGAGAACAUCCAGGAAGGGGCAGACACACCGGCGGAACAGGAAGACACAACGGAGGACAAUGAGCUGACGGACGUGGAGGACAGUGUGUUCCACUCGCCUCAACAUCAGACAAAACGGAACUCGUGCAACAACAACCCAUUCAUUGAUGGGUCACAGGAAAAUGUUUGUGCACCUCGCGCGAAGGCUGCCGAACCGGACGAGCCAGAGAAUGGUAGGGAAAUGCUGAAUGCGGAAGAAAUCGAUCGUGGAUCACCUGCCACAAAUAGUAGCAGCGCCGCCAGCAGUUUACGGAACUCGCCGGUUAUCGGUCGCCAGCGUAGUCUAUUUUCAACCACCGCCACCGGGAAACUGAUCGCGCGUCAAUUGAGCCAACAGAAGAAACAUUUCACCUCCGGCACCGGUGGUGCUUCCGGUGCGGGUGCUGGCCAUUUUCACGACCUCAAGGAAAAGAUUGUGGCCAGCCGGAAGGGAAUCUUUGCUUCGCUCGAUAAAUCGAUCGUUCGUGACGGGGGAUCAGUUGAUGGUGGUGGGACGCGACCGACGGAAGCACGCUCCGAGGCGGAACCACGAUCAAAACCGAAGUUGGUUAAAAAUUUUAACGAGUUCCUAAACUUUGCCGCCAUCAACAAGAGUCGCAUCAGCGAUCGGUUGGCAACAAAGAAGAUGCUUACGAGCCACGCGACGUCGCCGCCGACAAACGCAAACAGCGGCGAAUCGAUCGAUUCCACGGCCACCGAAGUGUCGCAGGACGGCGAUUCAACAACGGCCGAAACGAUCGAGUACAACGAACUGAAACCGAAACCGGUGAUCAAGUUGACUAAAUCAUCGUUCGACGAUUCGGAUUCGUCGGCCACCAGCGUUGGAGUGGGCCUGGAUUCAAUGGCCACCACAACGGCGUUUUCGCGAUCCAGCGAUAACAGUAGCAUCAUUGCAGACGACAGUUCCGCGUCCGCCUCGCCGAUGCACCAACGUGUUGAACCGACGGUAACCGAUAGGCCAGAAGAUCUGAACGUUGCCGGUGAUACGGUCUCCUGUACGGUAGUUGCGCCCGGUGACGACGGUAGCAGUCCCGAUGAUUCGCAGGAAUACUUCCCAAUGACAACGUCGAUGACAAGAGAGUUGCGCCUCGAGUUAGAAAAUCUCGAUCGCCACGUUUUUGGCAGCGAAUUCCACACGAAACAACAACGCUUCUACACGCUCAACAGCUGCCUCGAUCUGGAGACACCUCCCGACAGUGAAUCGACCGUGGGUGGUCAGCUCGCUGAUCAUUCAACCCAAGAUCCACCAUCGAUUGCUUACAGCAAGCUCGAUAACGUUAGUCAGCACCUCCUGGCGGCGGCCACCGUCGAUGGAGCAAUGGAAAUUCAAUCGAUCGACGAAAUCUGUGAUCACUCCUCACCGGAACCGGUGGUAGUACGGUACCGCGAGAAGCCUGGUCGUCGACGGGACAUCGGUGCCUGCAGUAGCGUAGCCAGCGAUAAUCGAGACAGUAAACGCAUCAGCACCUCGAGCGCGAAUGUCAGCAGUGAUGUGUUUGUGUGGGAAAACCCGCUCCAUCACUGCGACGAUGAGGGAAGCCCAAUGUCGGUGGGAACGACGGGUGGCGCUGGCACCGCCGGAGAACUGACGCAGAUACAGCAGCAGCAGCGUACGGCCACAACACCCGACGAGCACCCGGAACUCGAGUAUGACGGAGAGAUAAUCGAGGAGACGACACUGGGCAAAAAGUCCGUCACACCGAUCCGAUUGGUGCGAAGAAACGGAGAUCGCUCCGUUCCCGGUUCGAACCGCAACUCGAUGAUACUUCCUGAUUCCUCCGACUCGUCUGACGACUCACCACUGGCGAGAUCGCCAGCGGCCGUUAAGUUUAAGUUUCAUCCCAACAAUCCGUUCUUCGAUGCCACAACAAAUUCACUGGACAAUCGGCCUCUACCGCUGCUCGGUGCGACGCCCGAUGGGCAAGCGCUCGAGCAAGCAACGGAAGCCACGUCUGGCACGGUCGAUGGUACUGCAGCGGACCCGCUACUCGCAAACGACAGUCCUGCUUCGCCUCCGCCGGUUCCUUCAGUGCCAGCUUCAAUGUCGCACGGUUCAAACGAUCUCGCUUCACCGAACAACGUUAGCGGAGAUGCUGCACCAUCACCAGCGGCCAUCGGUCCGACGGGCGGUGCACCGAUGAUGAAAAUUGCAGGCGUACUUCCGACACCGCUCGAGUUCGGUGGCGGCAAUCCGUUCCUAAUGUUUCUCUGCCUCACGAUACUGCUGCAGCACCGGGACUACAUCAUGAAAACCGGCAUGGACUACAACGAGAUGGCGAUGCACUUUGACAAGAUGGUGCGCAAGCACAACGUCACGCGUGUCCUCAACCAGGCACGCCAAAUGUACGCAGAGUAUCGACGACUCUAUCUACAGCAGCGAAUGCAGCAGCAACCAGCUAACCAGCAACCGCUCGUAGGGAGCGGCCACAGAAUUUCUCUAGCCGGCUCCAUGUCGAUGAUGGCCAACAGUUUCCAUGGGAUGCAUAACAUCGGCAUGGGCGGCCCAUCGACGGCAGACGGCGGAUUGGGCCGGAAAGCGUCCGCACCGGAAGUUGGGUCAGCGCGACGGAAUACUGGCGGUGACUUGGCGCUCCUCACGUAG